UUUUUUAUUUUUUAUAUUACCAAUAAGCCUUCAUAUUCCCUUUUUUUUUUUCUUUUUCCUUCCUUCCUUUGACAAAAGCUAAUAAUGGAAAUAAAUAAAGAUGAGGCACUUCGUUGUCUUUUAAUUGCAAAAAAUCAUUACGGAAACAAGAAUUAUGAAGCAGCGCUUCGUUUAACAAAGAAAUCGCUUAAAUUAUAUCCAACAGAUGAGGCAAAAGAAUUUUUAGCAAAAGCUGAAAAGGCUGCGAGUUCCACCUCUUCAACAUCUUCCUCACCAAAGAUGCCCUCGACUGAAGAAAAACCAAAGACAAAAGAAAGUUCAUCGAGUAGUCAACAAACAGCUGAAGUUCGAGAAAUUUUGGCUUGUGGUACUGAUUAUUAUAAAGUUUUGAAACUUGACCGUCAAUGUACUGAUGUCGAGAUCAAAAAAUCUUAUAGGAAGCUUGCUCUAAAAUUCCAUCCUGAUAAGAAUAAGACACCUGGUGCUGAUGAAGCAUUUAAACUCAUCUCCAAGGCAUUUACAGUUUUAUCAGAUCCUCAAAAGAGAGCCAUUCAUGAUGCUGGAGGAGGAGAUCCUGAGCAAAGAGGAGGAGGAGGAGGAGGAGGGGGAUUUUCUGGAUUUUCUGGAUAUCGAGCACAAAACUACGGAGCUUCACCAUUUGGAGAAGAAAUUUCGCCUGAAGACUUAUUUAAUAUGUUCUUUGGGGGCGGUGGUAUUAAUAUGGCAAACCUACAUAGACAAGGAGGUGGAGGAUUUUCGUUUGGUGGCCCAGCAGGAUUUAGUAGUGCCACCUUUGUUGGACCUGGUUUUCGCGCUCGUACCUUUAAUAGACAAAGACAUUAUCAACAUCAGCAACAACACCAGCAGCAACAGCAACAAAGAUCAGGAUGGUCCAUCUUUUUACAAAUUUUACCACUUCUUCUUUUAUUUGGUUAUACUCUGUUUUCAGGUCUAUUAACAGACGAAACACCCAUCUUUUCCUUUCAAUCGACUUCAGUUUAUUCUCAACCACGUAUGACAUCAACACAUAAAGUACCUUAUUAUGUAGAGCCUAAUGCUUUUAGACCUUAUCUUCAAAAUCAUUAUAAAUUGUCUAAAGUUGAACAACAAGUUGAAAUUGAUUGGGUGCGCUCUUUGCAGCAAUCUUGUUUAUAUGAACGUAAACAACAACAAAUGAAAUUAAAUAAUGCUCGUGGUGCCUUUGGUUUUGUGGGUCGUGAUGAGAAAAGAUAUCAAGAAGCUUUAAAUAUGAAAUUAACAAGUUGUGAAGAAUUAAAAAAGUUUGGAAAUUAUAAAUAAACAAAGACAUAUAAAUAAAUAAAUAAAUAAAUAUAUAAUAAAAAAGGGGGUAUUUAAAUUAGAGCUAAUUCUAAAGUCCAU